GUGGGUGCCAGUAACAAACAUCUCGAGUUUCCUUUUCCUUGAUCAACCCACGAUCAUAAUGGACUUUGAAUACAUGCCGAGUCACGAUGCAGCUCCAGGGGUCUCUGGAUGCCCACAUUUAUAACAAGUGGUCCCAGGUCCUAGUGCACCUUACCAAUGUCCGUCAUCAAAAAGCUACAAGAAACCUCGGCUUCAGGUUCCAUUACGACGUUGUUUCGUUUGGGCUCCGUAGCCGCUAUUUCUGCCGUUCCAAAGAGGCCUCCUUUUCACUCUCCUCAGGUUACGGGCUUUGGCUGGUGCCUCACUAUCCGUAAAAAGGGAAAGAAGACUCAGCUAUGUUUCAAUUCCCAUAGUUGUCCGGAUGUAUGGUGUGGCACACUGGCCAAGGUCACGAUCUCUUUUCCAUCACAUCCUGAUAUUGAUAUGUCCCUUGCCGCAUCUAUCGCUGUGAUCCUCGGAUUUGGUGGUUUUGACGCAAAUGAUAAUCAUCCGCUGAUCACUUGUCCCGCUGAGAAGCUUGGAGAUGCCAUUGUCUCGCUGGAGGUCACCUUAACCAAAACACUGACAUGUAUGCCAUUCACUGUACCUGCACCCGUCAGGCCCGUACCGGAUGCACCUACCAGUGCCGAAGCGCCUAGAGUGUCUCAGGCCUGCUCUGCCCUUCGUGUCCUCGAGCAAUCGCUCAAGACGGGAACUUCGUUUGACAUAGUAUUCCAAGCAUAUACUCGUCGAUUGUCUCUCGGCAAAGUCGCUAGACCAAUUCCGAUUUAUGCGAGUACUGCUGUGCUGCAAACAACUUUGCCAGACUUUUCCGGAGGAGGAAACCUUAAUUCGUUCUCCCUCUUUGAACUGUCUGAAGGCGACACUCUCCCCUUCACUUCCCUGGAUAGUUAUGAACACGAUUCUGACAGUGACCUGGAUGACGAUGAUUUCGUCAUGAAUAACAACAAUCUUUCACCAGUCAAUAAGAAAUCAUAUGAAGACACGACUGAUACUGGUUCAAUCUCGCCUGUGUCUAGCAUCGAAGUUCAAGAGCAGCUGGACAACCGGCCAUCACUUGUUGGAGACGUUGGGAUAGCGCCAGUUGUGAUCGGCGAGAACUUAAAGCGUGGAUCUCGAGUUAUUCUCGUCAAGGGUGUUGCCUGGAAGACGUGGCACGCCUUUAUUUAUUACUGUUACACUGGCAUCGUCAACUUUGCAAACUUGCGGUCUCAGAGUACACCUGGCGAGCAGAGUCGCUUAGAAGAUGGUCCACCACAUUGCUCCCCGAAGUCGAUGUAUCAGUUGGCUAGAAAGCUUAACAAUGAACCAUUAUCUCGACUUGCUUUAAAGGCCAUUGAAUCCAGGUUGUCCGCAGCCAAUAUACUGGAUGAGGCAUUCUCCAAAUUUACUUCCAGGCAUGAUGCCGUCAGAGUAAUGGAAAUUUCUCUCCUGCUGAAACAUAGGAAUGCGUCAGAAGUUGCGCAGGGUCUCCCAGCUAAAAUGGAAGCUGUGGCCAGGGGUAACAUACCCAACGCUGGACAGGUUCUCACUGCGUUAAUUAUGCAGAUGCCUGGCCAGAAUUGAACCUGAUGGCGUCCGUUGUUUGAAUCUGUUCAUUGCGUGGACUUUGCAUUGUAUUACCAACUUGUAGCAUUGACGCGGCCUACUUAACGCGUAUUAUCGAGCUCGUGUCAACAUUGGAAUGCUCACUGUUAGUGGUCUAGAGUUACGGGAUCCGAUUAUUGCCAAUCAACUCCUAAAUAUGGAGGCAUC